AUGGGUCUUCGACAACAACUCUCCAAAAUUCCAAUCAUCAAAUACUUUGUACCAUCGGAUGGACUCAUGGAGAAAGGAAUGGAUUGGGUCAAGUACUUUGGAAACUUUGGAUUUGCUGCUUUAACGACCUUGAUGAUUAUUUACUUGCCACUCGUGAUUGCUAAUGAACAAGAGAAACAAUCACUUUACAGGCUUGUUGGUGCUGCUUAUGGCGUGAAACUGGAGAAUAGAAGCUAUCCAGGCGGACCAAACAAGAUGCUCUAA